CGAAAGUGCUGCAUGUCUUCAUUCUUCACUCUUCUCUCUUCUCUUUCCUUUAGCUCUGUUCUACUCCUUUUUAAACUCAGCGAUUGCCUUUUCUUUUUCUCUCAUCACUCUUUUCUUGCACUUGUAGGUGGACGGUCUAUCGAAAAAAAGCCUCUCUACCUGCCAUGCCAAGGUAGGGGUAAGGUCUGCCCCCCACUCAUGGGGAUUAUACUGGGAUAAUCAGAAUUAACAAAAAUGAAGAGUGCUGGGAAGAUGGGAAUCCAUUGUAUGCAGAAAUUGUACGCAUCAAAUGUUCCAAAAGAAUUGGUGUUAAGAGGACAAAAUCGUGUCAUAGAGGCAUCUCUUACACUUAUUCGUGAAAGAGCAAAACUUAAGGGAGAGCUUGUUCGUGCUCUUGGAGGUGCUGUAGCCGCAACGACUCUUCUUGGAGUUCCUCUGGGACAUAACUCUUCAUUUCUCCAGGGGCCAGCAUUUGCUCCUCCUCGUAUAAGAGAGGCUAUGUGGUGCGGCAGUACAAACUCCACAACUGAGGAAGGAAAAGUAUUAGAUGAUCCACGCGUCUUAACUGAUGCUGGUGAUGUGCCAGUUCAAGAGUUACGAGAUGCAGGUGUUGAUGAUGAUAGGUUGAUGAGUAUCAUAAGUGAAUCUGUCAAGCUAGUUAUGGAGGAGGAUCCAUUGCGCCCCUUGGUGUUAGGGGGUGAUCACUCUAUAUCCUAUCCUGUUGUAAGAGCUGUGUCUGAAAAGCUUGGAGGACCUAUUGAUAUCCUUCACCUUGAUGCUCAUCCUGACAUUUAUCAUGCCUUUGAAGGAAACAAAUAUUCACAUGCAUCAAGCUUUGCACGAAUAAUGGAGGGUGGUUAUGCUCGACGGCUUUUGCAAGUAGGAAUUAGAUCAAUUAAUAAAGAAGGUCGAGAACAAGGAAAAAGGUUUGGUGUGGAGCAAUAUGAAAUGCGAACAUUUUCCCGAGACCGCCAAUAUUUGGAGAAUCUGAAACUGGGUGAAGGUGUGAAGGGUGUGUAUAUCUCUGUGGAUGUUGACUGUUUGGAUCCAGCAUUUGCUCCUGGAGUAUCUCAUAUAGAGCCAGGCGGUCUCUCUUUCCGUGAUGUUCUAAACAUAGUGCAUAACCUUCAAGCUGAUGUUGUAGGUGCUGAUGUCGUAGAGUUCAACCCGCAGCGUGAUACUGUUGAUGGCAUGACUGCAAUGGUUGCUGCGAAGCUGGUAAGAGAACUUACUGCCAAGAUGUCCAAGUGACCUGCAGUAUUUAUAAAUUUAUGAAGGAAGCAGUACCAUAUAUUCCUAUAGAGUUUGCUAGAUUUGUUCUCAUCUUCACUGGGAAAGUUUGACAGAGAAUAAGCACCAACGCAAGUGUUUGUUCACCUCAUUGCAGACUUUCUUAUUCAUUGCUAUGUUGUCUUCAUUGUUUAUUAUUCUUUUUUACUCGGGUUUGAGGCACUUGAGCCAAGGGUCUUUCGGAAAUAACCUCUCUACCUCUUCGAAGUAGUGGUAAGGUCUGCAUAUACUCUACCCUCUCCAGACUCCACUAAGUGGGAUUUCACUAGGUAUGUUGUUGUAGCUGUAGGACAAAAGCAUUUACCAAGGAGUGAGGCAUUAGCCCCGAAGCAUAGGUGUAAACUCCAUGAACUUUUAUGUUGAUGUGCUUAAAACAUAAAGAUUGAAAUAAAAAAGACAAUCUUGAAAAUUCAAGAGAAAA